UAUUCACUUGCUCAGCGGCUUGGCUUCCGCCUCUUCCCCGCGGGCGGACUUUCGCCCCGGCCUUCUCUCUUCCCUCUCUCUCGGUAGGGAGGCAGCCGGAGCCAUGGACGGCCCCGCAGCUCCGCAGGGAGGCCUCUCGGGGUCCCAGCAGGUCCGCAUGAUGUUCUAUGCCCUGCAGCCCAAUGAGAGCUCCUUCCCCAGCCUCGAGGAGGUGCCCGAUUAUGUGAAUAAGGCUACGCCGCUUUUCCUUGUCUUGAUGCUGUUGGAGUUUGUUGUCAGUUGGGUUUGGAAGCAUCAGGCACCAGGGCGGAUCAAUGAUAGCAUAACUUCUGUCUCUGCAGGAGUCCUGUCUCGACUUCCAGAUAUUGUGUCCAGAAGCCUCGAGUUGACUACCUACAUCUAUGUGUGGGAUAACUACAGGCUCUUUGAACUGCGGUGGGACUCACCAUGGACCUGGUAUAUGACAUUCCUAGGAGUAGACUUUGUAUACUACUGGUUCCAUCGCCUGGCCCAUGAGGUUAAUAUAUUGUGGGCAGCACACCAAGUACAUCAUAGUUCUGAAGCUUAUAACUUAUCCACAGCACUGAGACAAUCUGCACUGCAGAGAUACGUUUCUUGGGUUUUCUACUUGCCUAUGGCUCUUUUUAUUCCUCCAUCAGUAUAUGCUGUUCAUCUCCAGUUUAAUCUCCUUUACCAGUUUUGGAUACAUACAGAGAUAGUUAACAACCUUGGACCUCUGGAGCUGAUUCUUAAUACUCCCAGUCACCACAGAGUUCACCAUGGCAGAAAUCCUUACUGCAUUGACAAAAAUUAUGGUGGUACCCUCAUUAUUUGGGAUAGAAUUUUUGGAACAUUUGUGGCGGAAAAUGAUAAAGUUAUAUAUGGCCUAACACACCCAAUAAAUACAUUUGAACCUUUCAAGGUCCAGUUAUGUCACUUGGCUUAUAUAUGGAGCACAUUUUGGGCCACACCUGGAUUCAGUAAUAAGCUCUCUGUAAUAUUCAAAGGCCCAGGUUGGGGACCAGGAAAACCUAGACUCGGCCUUCCUGAGGAAAUCCCAGUGAUCACUGGAAAAGAGAUUCCAUUCAAUCCCAAAUUGCCAAUAUAUCUUUCUGUCUAUGCAGUAGUACAUUUUACCUUGAUGCUGGGCUUUUAUGUGGACCUGUUUGAGACCCAGGCCACAUUAUCACAGGUAACUCUUCUCCUGAGGAUUGGCUACAUUAUCCUGACAUUGACCUCCAUUGGAUUCCUUAUGGAGCUAAGGCCCAAAGCAGCUAGUUUGGAAGCUGUCCGCUGCUCAGUCUUUCUCGUUCUGCACAAACUUAGUUACCUGAAAAUAUACAUUGCUUCCUUGGCAUUUACUUAUGAGGCUCUGUUGCACAGAAUGUACUGGAGGAUCCAGAGAAAAUUAAAGUCUAUGACCACGCAGCGGGCUUCUGCUCAGUUCCUCCUGUGGUUGGCUCAGCUGGCUUUAGGUCAGCUUUGUGGCAGUGGAGCAGCACAGAACUGUUGUGAUGCAAGGUUUUAUUUUCACUCUGCAUUGCAUUCUGGGGAGUACAAAUUAUGAAGCAACUGAUCUCCAAUACAGCAAAACAUCAGUGAAUUAUGGAAAGAGCCCUUGGGAAUAUGCUUCAAAGUUGCUUGAAAUAAGUUGACGGUGCCUCUUUCUGAAAUGCAAGCAUUUCACAUAGGCUAGGUAGGAAUCAUGAUGUUUUAUGAAGGUUUGAAAGAUGUAUUAAAAAUGGUCAUGUGGUUUUAUUUGAUCUUUUAAAUAUUGAUUCUCCUGCCUACCCAAGUUAAAUUUAAGGUCCCUAUAUUAUUUUCUUGUGCUUUCACAGCACUUUUUUUUUACAUUCAAGGGAUCACAAUAAUCUUAAAAAGCAUGUAAAAAUAAUAGCAUUUUUCAAUCACUUUAUUAGUAUGUAACCAUAUGUGGAAAGCAUUCUUCACAAUAGCAAUAAUUAAAAUCAGAUUUGUUGCAACCUGGUAGUCUCCAUAGAGACUAAAUCUAAAAGAAUGUGAAUGUAAAUUUUUCCAUAAUGAUUGAAUUACAGUAGAAUCUCAGCGCCAUGCCCAAUUGUGUGUUCAUGACAUACAACUACAUAAGGAUGCGUAAUUGAGACAGGAAAAUGAUUUAAAACAACAUGAUACAAUAACUGAUUUGUAUUAAUUGAAAUGUUUUCAAUUAACUAGAUGAUAUAUCAUAUGUGUUGUAUAAUGCAGGCUUGCAGCUUAGGUUAAUUUGUUUAAGGAGUAUACCCACAUUUACCAACAACUUUAGGACUGACCUCACCAAUACUGACACAAGCGAGUUGUUCCAUUGACUAAAGUAACUCCUGUCACAAAGCAUUUGCAGGAUCAGGUUGUUAAUUUCUAGUUGCCCUGACCCCCACCCCCACCCCCAGACACACACAUAUCAAAGUGAUCCUAAGGGAGAUGGAUCUAUUGUUCUGUGUGAGGUGUUAUUUUAAUUAUUUCUAGUGAUAUAGGAAAAUGGGGGGAGGCUCCGAAAAGCAAGAUUAGCAAAAAUAGAGGAGAUGGGUUGUUCUUCUUUCCUUAUGCUUUUCCAACUUUUAGUUGUUCCAAGACUAAAAAAAGAAAAUACUCAAAAUCAAGAAGCUAAAAAACUUUAGGUUGCCGUGCAAACUUCAAACGGGUGAAAAUACCUGGAUUAAAAUGUAGUUGUAUUGGUUUUUUGUUUUUUCAUUUUUCUCUACAGUACUAAGAUGUAGUAAUAGAGAGCUCAGAUGUGCAUAAAUAUCCUGGUUUUAGUCAACCCACAGUUUUAGACUUUAGCUGUAGCAGAGAAUUGAUGCCAGCAUUUACAAGUUGGAUGCCUCCACCUGGCCACCUAACUCUAUAUUUAAAUAAAAUGGGUUUGAUUUUCAAUGGAGUUGAGCAUCAGGCCUAUUUUUUACCCAAAAUGUUCAGUCAACUAGAAAGACAAAUUGCUUGUGCCUAUCACCUGGGGCUAUGCUGAAUCCCUAAAAUAUGUUUAAUUGGGAAAACAGGUGUCAGUUUGAAUAGAGAUGAGUCUAAGACCUUUCAUAAAGUGUGGGAAUGUUUGGAUCCAGGGUUUUGAUUCAGACCCUUUUCUAAAAGAUGAACAAAUUGUUCCUUGGGAAUGUUAGAAGUAUUCAGAUUAAAAGUAUUGGGUUUAAAUCCUUAAACAUAAAUUUACUCAUACAUUGGUAGAAUUCUAAUCUCUGAUUAAGAGAUUAGAUAAAUGAAAUCAAAUAUUUCUAACUCAGAUUGUGGAAAUGUGAUCUAGUAGUUAAAACACAGGCAUAGUAGCCAACAAAUCUAGGUUUUAUUCCCAGUUUGUGACCUUGGCCAUGUAAUUUAUUCACUCUGUGCCUCAGUUUUCCCAUCUUUGAAAUGGAGAUAAAAGUACCUACCUCACAAGAGUGUUGCGAGUUUGAUUUAAAUGAUGUGGGUAGGUACCAUGGAGAUGAGUGUGCUAUAUUAUUGCUAAAUGUCACACAUGUUACAUUGAAAUGUAUUCACCCAUCAGUAGCAAUCUUUGAAAGCUCCAUAAACAGAAUAAUCUCACUGGGGUAUCUCCAGAAGGAAAGGAAAAAAUGGCUGAUUGAGCUAAAACUCCGCAGGUUCCUAUAAUGUUGGUUGCAGCCGAUCUUCAAGUUCCCAUGUUUCUGAAUGCAUUGUGUGCACUAGAAAUUUGUAUUUGAUAUGUGUAAUAUUGAAAUAGCCAAAUGACUGUUUUAAUCUGAUUAUAAUUUAUUAAAUUAAUUUUAAAAUUA